GUCUUGGUGGCACACUCAACUAUCUUCUUCUUCCACGCGGACGACUUGCUCGAUAACAAGCCGGAUACGAUACGGAACCUACAGCUCAAUCUCAGCACAGGCCAGCCGCUUGGAGAUCCAGUUCUCGAGUGGUACGUCCACGAGAUUAUGCCAACAAUGUGGAAGAAGCUCCAUCCUACCGUUGCUAGCAUGAGCGUCACGGCUGUCUACGAUUUUUGCAAUGGCGUCGGUAUCGAGGGGUUGACGGCUGGCCAAGACGUAAAACCUGAUGCUCCCAAGUACCCAGACUGGCUGCGCUUCAAGACCGGGUUAUCACCCAUGUAUUCGUUGUUAGUAGUUGGAUGCGCCACAGAUGCACAGCUCCCCAAAGGUGGCCUUGACAAAUACGCGCAAGUCAUCCCAGACGUCGUUGUCUUUACCAACAUUGUCAACGACGUUCUCUCCUUUUACAAGGAGAUGCUGGCGGAGGAGACGGGCAACUACAUUGACCAGCGGGCCCAGAGGGAACAGUGCGAUAUCUUGACGGCCUUGCAAAAGGUGGCCGACGAGGGUGUAGAAGCUGGCGAACGUGUUCUUGCUGCGCUUGCUCAUGCGCCCGAGUAUCAGGACAACUUUAAGGCGUUUGCCAAGGGGUUUGUUCACUUUCACACUGCGACUCCGCGGUAUCGUUUG